ACCCGCCCACUUCCUCUUCGCACUUUUCCCGCGAAAGGUUAUCCGCACAGCCUGCGUGCGUGAGAAGCAGCUUAGCAUUGCAAACAUCAACUUUGUGCAGCUAGUCAUGGCAAAGCAAAGUUCCAUCUUUAAUUUCUUUACAAAGUCGCCGCCAGCCGUCGCGAAAACAAAAUCUAAUCCGUCUCCAACCGAAGCAGAUUUGCCUUCUUCAGUUUCCAAAUCCAGCAGUUCCCCCAAGGAGGAAGCUAAACAAGCAGCCCAGAACAGCAAGAAGGCUGCGGAAAAACCCCGCAAGACUCAGACUAAAGGCGGUCAUGGCAGACCUUCUGGACAAAGAGCUACGGAUACAAAUCAGAGCUCUUCAUUCUCUCUCCAUGCGGGUGACCUGGUAUGGGCAAAACUAGAAGGACACCCAUGGUGGCCCUGCAUGAUAGUGCCCCACCCGUUGAGUGGGCAGCAGAUGAGGGGCAGAGGCCAAGAUCAGAGAGUGCAUGUCCAUUUUUUUGAUGAGCCAGCAACGAGGGGUUGGGUCAGAAAGAAUUACAUACGAGAAUAUAAAGGUUCAGAGAGUGCUGAUGCCAAAACAGGUGGUUUGUUCUUCAGUGGCAAGCCUGUGAUUCGCAGGGCAAUGGAGUUGGCAGACCGCGUGCUGCAGGACAGUCCUGAAAAGAGACUAAAGUUGCCGAUAUGUAUGGAUGCCUCUGAUGAGGAAGCGGAGGAUGAAGAAAUGAUGGAGGUUGAAAAAUCAACACCAUCAGAUGAAGAAAUGUCAGAAGAUGAGGUUCAGAAGGUGAAGCCUAGCAGGCGUUCAUCACGUGCUGCAGCAGCGCAUGCUCAGAAACCCAAACGUCGGCGUAUUGUGGUGGCCUCUGACAGUGAAGGCUCUGAUGAGGAGUUCAAGCCAGAUCAGGCAGAAACCAGCAGUGAGGAUGAAGAUGGGGUCACUGAUGGGGUCAGUGAGGCGGAGGAGAGUAUAUCUGAAUCUGAACCGGACAGUCCUGUGAAACCUGUAAAACGGAAACGUGUAACAGAGAAAAUGGAUAAAACAAAGAGUACACCUAUACCGUCAGAGAUCCACAAGAGCAAUGCUGUGGGUCUUGCAACUGACACAAAGUCACGUCUGUCUGCUUUUUCUGCUCCAGACAGCUUUGAGAGUCAGGGCAGUGCUGCAGGAAACCUAGAUGGCGUUGGUGUGUGGGACCAUGAAAAAUUGGAUUGGUUGCGGGAUGGCAAAAGAAAGGAUGCUCGGAGGAGGCGUCAGGUGGAUGAGGACUAUGAUCCAACCACUCUAUUUGUGCCUGAAGACUUCCUUAACAGGGUUACACCUGGCAUGCGUCGAUGGUGGCAGCUCAAGUCAGGGAUGUUUGAUACUGUUCUUUUCUAUAAAGUCGGCAAGUUUUAUGAGCUCUACCACAUGGACGCUGUGAUUGGUGUCAAUGAGUUGGGGCUUACUUUCAUGAAAGGCACCUGGGCACAUUCUGGUUUCCCUGAGAUAGGUUUUGGCCGUUUCUCUGAUGUGCUCGUACAAAAAGGUUACAAGGUGGCACGCGUAGAACAGACUGAGACCCCUGAAAUGAUGGAAGCACGAUGCAAGGCUAUGGUGCGUCCGACUAAAUUUGACCGUGUAGUCCGGCGAGAGGUAUGCAGAGUAAUCACCCGGGGCACCCAGACAUAUAGUGUGCUUGAUGGUGCCCCUUCUGAGGCCGAGAGCAAGUACCUGCUGAGUGUGAAAGAAAAAAAUCAGGAGGAAAACGCAGGCCAAUGUCACAUAUAUGGGGUCUGCUUCAUUGACAGCUCAGUGGGUCGCUUUUAUGUAGGCCAGUUCCAAGAUGACCGCCACUGUUCCCGUCUGCGUACCUUACUUGCACAUUAUGUGCCAGCCCAGGUGCUAUUCGAGAAGGGUAACUUGUCAGCUGAGACGCGGAAGAUCUUCAAGGCUGCUCUGUCCUCAGCAAUGCACGAGAGUCUCAAUGCUGGCUCACAAUUCUGGGAUGCUCAGAAAACCCUGAAAACCUUAGCCGAUGAAGACUACUUUAAAGAAAGUAAAGAAGAGAGCGAUAAUUCUUCAGCUCUCCCCAGUGCUCUAAAAGCAAUGACUUCUGAAAGCGACUCGCUAGGUCUUACUCCUAAAGACGGAUAUGAACUUGCUCUCUCUGCACUUGGGGGAUGCAUAUUCUAUCUUAAAAAAUGUCUGGUUGAUCAAGAGCUUCUUUCUAUGGCUAACUUUCAGGAAUAUGUUCCAGUGGAUGUGGAGAUACAGCAGUCAGAGAAUGCAUCAAAUUUCUUUGCCCAAACUUGCCAACGCAUGGUGCUGGAUGGAGUGACACUGGCCAACCUUGAGAUUCUCCAGAAUGGUUCUACUGGAGGCACAGAAGGCACUCUGCUUGAACAGUUGGACACCUGCUGUACUCCUUUUGGCAAGAGGCUGCUAAAACAAUGGCUCUGUGGUCCCCUCUGUAACCCAGCCUCCAUUAAUGAUCGGUUGAAUGCUGUUGAAGACCUAAUGGCUGCUCCAGCACAAGCUACUGAGGUUACAGAACUCCUGAAGAAACUCCCAGACCUUGAAAGGUUACUCAGCAAAAUCCAUAGUAUGGGUACUCCUCUGAAGGCACAGGACCACCCGGACAGCAGAGCAGUUCUUUAUGAGGAGAUUGUCUAUAGCAAACGCAAGAUUGCUGACUUCCUUUCAGCACUGGAAGGGUUCAAAUCCAUGCAGGAAAUAGUCUCAAUCUUGGAGUCAGUCUCAGAAGGAUUCCAAUCUAAAUUGCUUCGGCAAGUAGUGAUCCUAAAAACAAGAAGUGAUGAGGGGCUUUUUCCCGAUCUUAGACCGGAGCUUAACCGCUGGGACACAGCUUUCGACCAUCAAAAAGCACGUACGACUGGUGUGAUUACACCCAAGGCUGGCUUUGACCCCGAGUAUGAUCAGGCUCUGAGUGGGAUCAAGGACUGUGAGAGAAAACUGCAAGACUACUUGGAUAGACAGAAGAAGAGACUUGGCUGCAAGAAUUUAUCUUACUGGGGCACAGGACGGAACCGAUAUCAAAUGGAGGUUCCAGACAGUGUUUCUGAGAGGAGCAUACCAGAAGAAUUUGAGGUGAGGUCCACAAAGAAGGGCUGGAAGAGAUACUCAACAAAGGAGAUUGAGCAUAUGUUCUCAGAGCUGCAGAGCUGGGAAGACAAAAGGGACACUGCACUGAAAGAUUGCAUGAGGAGACUGUUUUACAACUUUGAUAAAAACUACAGAGACUGGCAGACUGCUGUGGAGUGCAUGUCGGUUCUUGAUGUGCUGUUGAGUUUGUCCCGAUACAGCCAGAGUGGGAACGGGCCGAUGGUAAAACCAGAGAUUGUUCUGCCAGGUAAUAGCCCCCAUUCUUCCCCUUUCCUGGACCUCCGAGGAUCCCGGCACCCCUGUGUCACCAAAACCUAUUUUGGUGAUGACUUCAUCCCCAAUGACAUCUUUAUUGGUUGUCCUGGCAAUGAGGAAGAGGAGAGCGAAGGCAACAAGAAGGCACUAGCCCCAUGUGUACUUGUCACGGGGCCAAACAUGGGAGGCAAGUCCACCCUAAUGAGGCAGUGUGGCCUGAUUGUGAUCUUGGCUCAGUUGGGUUGCUAUGUGCCUGCUGAAAGCCUGCGCCUAACCCCUGUGGACCGAGUGUUCACUCGCCUUGGUGCCUCAGAUCGUAUCAUGUCUGGAGAGAGUACUUUCUUCGUGGAGCUUAGUGAAACAGCCAGUAUCCUCCUGCAUGGGACCACUCAUUCACUUGUUCUUCUUGAUGAACUGGGCAGGGGUACAGCCACCUAUGAUGGCACAGCCAUAGCAAGUGCAGUGGUGAAGGAACUGUCGGAGAGGAUCUGUUGCCGAACUCUGUUCUCCACCCACUACCACUCACUGGUAGAAGACUACGCUCAGGACUGUGCUGUUAAACUUGGUCAUAUGGCCUGCAUGGUGGAGAAUGAGUGUGAUGAGGAUCCUAGCCAGGAGACCAUCACAUUCCUGUACAAGUUCAUCAGUGGUGCUUGUCCCAAGAGCUACGGAUUUAAUGCUGCACGCCUUGCCGAUAUCCCUGAAGAGGUGCUUCAGUCAGGACAUUGUAAAGCCCGUGAGUUUGAGAGGAGCACCAUGGCUCUGAGGAUCUUCAAGAAAGUGUGUUCAUUUACUGAAGAUCGCACAGCUAACCAUGAACAGUUUGCCAGACUGGUUCAGAUGAUUGGUAACCUUUAAUAGAGAAAAGAGUUGUACUCUGUAUAAGAUGGCUAUUGUUCAACUGGAAAGUAUUUUCACUACUACUGACAUGAUCUAAUAAAGUUUAUUCUUAAAAACGCACACGUUCUCGCUUUCACUAGGAAAUUAGAUCUUUACCAAUAUCUACUUAAUGAUUAAGUAUGUAUGUCACAAUAUAUUAAGUCUAGCUGUCAUGGAACAUGCAUACAAUUCUGGCUGUAUAAGAACCCAGUCAUCAGAUGCAGUUGUAGGAAAAAAGCCAAAGCAAAAAAAGAAAAAAAUGUCAGUAUUAAUCUGAGCUUCAAUAAAGCAAGAAACUGCUUUACAUUUUCUGCAGCAGAGUAGCUCAUUCAUUUGGUUUAACCCUUUCACCCAGGACAUUUCGAGGAAAAGGCAACGAUCAGUGACGUUAUGAGAAUGCUUCUAUACAUAUUUCACCAGUCAUUAUUGGGUGAAAAAUCUGACGACUAUUAGCAGAGGAAGGGUAAUCCCAAGGAGGACAAGUCAGAGAUGGAUUAUACAGUCAUUAAAAAAAGAAGUUAAACAGAGGUAUUUUCAAAAUCAAGAACGUACAGAGGCCACAACCUUUACUCCAUUAGGCUUGUGAAAACACUCGUUCUGCCAUUAAAACAUUUUCCCUUUAAUUAAAAAAAAACAAACAAAAAAAAAAAA